AAGUGCCCCGGGACUCGUGGGGGGGGCGCAGGACAGGUAAGGGGGUCGUGUUGGAGCGAGGACAGGGACUGCGGUGGGGCAGGGGUGUAGAGCUGGGGUUCCCAGCGGAGAGCAAGUCCAAGGAGCAGGUGCCGGCGAGGUGAUGCUUCUGCCUGGGCCUACUUGCGACCGGAAGUGAGCGUUCGCGCGGGGAGGAUGCCGGGAAGCAGGUCCCAGGGGAUAUGUGUGUGUCGCUGCAGGCCCAUCCCGGAAGCCGGCCGUGAGGUGAGAGUCUAGGAGGUCGGGCGGCCGCUCCGUGACUGCAGGGCCCCGACGGCCUUCCUCCGCUGUUCCGAGGCCGUUCAGGGCUGAUGUGCCCCAGCCUCCCAGUUGUGGUUUGGCAAGCCAUCCAGCAGACUACAAACCCACGUUUACUAUCAGGAUCUUCACUUAGGGAAGUGGGAAUCUUAUUUGCGGAACAUUGGGCAGAAGCUUUGCCAUUGGCUGGUGAAGAAGGAGGAGACAGAAUGUCUGCAUUGUUACACCAUACAGUCAAACUUCAGAAGACUUUGGGUUAAGCAGUUAUCAUUAGUCUGCAAAUGAUCGUGUUUUCACCUGAUUAUUAAAAACUAAUGAAUCACCUUUUAGGUCUUAUUAAUUCAGGUUACACUGUUUUCCAGAUGCCUUGGCAGCUGGUACAGGGCCUGUGAAAAAUGGAACCAAAUUCUCUGAGGACUAAAGUCCCAGCUUUCUUAUCUGAUUUGGGGAAGGCCACAUUGAGGGGAAUCAGAAAGUGUCCCCGAUGUGGCACAUACAAUGGAACCCGGGGACUGAGCUGUAAGAACAAGACAUGUGGAACCAUAUUCCGCUACGGUGCACGCAAGCAGCCUAGUGUUGAAGCUGUCAAAAUCAUUACAGGCUCUGAUCUUCAGGUCUACUCAGUGCGGCAAAGAGACCGGGGCCCUGAUUACCGAUGCUUUGUGGAGCUCGGGGUUUCAGAGACAACAAUCCAGACGGUGGAUGGGACGAUCAUCACUCAGCUGAGCUCUGGACGGUGUUAUGUCCCCUCAUGCCUGAAAGCUGCCACUCAAGGCGUUGUGGAAAACCAGUGCCAGCACAUCAAGCUGGCGGUGAACUGCCAGGCAGAGGCCACUCCUCUGACCCUGAAGAGCUCGGUCCUGAAUGCAAUGCAGGCCUCCCCGGAAACCAAACAGACCAUCUGGCAGUUGGCCACGGAACCCACAGGUCCUCUGGUGCAGAGAAUUACUAAAAACAUCUUGGUGGUGAAAUGCAAGGCAAGCCAGAAGCACAGUUUGGGGUAUUUGCAUACAUCUUUUGUGCAGAAAAUCAGUGCCAAAAGCUUGCCUGAGCGCCGUUUCUUCUGCUCCUGUCAGACUCUGAAAUCGCACAAGUCGAAUGCCUCCAAGGAUGAGGCAGCCCAGAGAUGCAUUCAUUUCUUUGCUUGCAUCUGUGCCUUUGCCAGUGACGAGACAUUGGCUCAGGAAUUCUCAGACUUCCUAAAUUUUGAUUCCAGCGGUCUUAAAGAGAUUAUUGUACCCCAGUUAGGUUGCCAUUCAGAAUCAACAGUAUCAGCUUGUGAGUCUACUGCCUCUAAGUCAAAGAAGAGGAGAAAGGAUGAAGUAUCUGGUGCACAGAUGAACAGUUCACCACUGCCUCAAGAUGCAGUGAGCAGUAAUCUAAGGAAAAGUGGCCUGAAAAAGCCUGUGGUUGCUUCCUCGUUAAAAAGGCAGGCCUGUGGUCAGUUGUUAGAUGAGGCACAAGUGACUUUAUCCUUCCAAGACUGGCUGGCCAGUGUCACAGAACGCAUCCAUCAGACCAUGCACUAUCAGUUUGAUGGCAAACCAGAACCACUGGUGUUCCACAUUCCUCAGUCCUUUUUUGAUGCCCUGCAACAGAGAAUAUCUAUAGGAAGUGCAAAAAAACGGCUUCCCAAUUCCACCACAGCUUUUGUUCGGAAAGAUGCCUUGCCACUGGGAACCUUUUCCAAAUAUACUUGGCAUAUCACUAAUAUCCUGCAAGUUAAACAAAUCUUAGAUACCCCAGAGAUGCCCUUGGAAAUCACCCGUAGCUUUAUCCAGAACCGAGAUGGGACUUAUGAGCUGUUUAAAUGCCCUAAAGUGGAAGUAGAGAGCAUAGCAGAAACCUACGGUCGUAUAGAAAAACAACCAGUGCUGCGACCCUUGGAACUAAAAACUUUUCUCAAAGUUGGCAACACUUCCCCAGAUCAAAAGGAGCCAACACCUUUCAUCAUCGAGUGGAUCCCAGAUAUCCUUCCCCAAUCUAAGAUUGGCGAGCUGCGGAUCAAGUUUGAGUAUGGCCACCACCGGAAUGGGCAUGUGGCAGAGUACCAAGACCACCGGCCUGCCUUGGACCAGCCCUUAGAACUGGCCCCUCUGACCACUAUCACUUUCCCCUAAGGCAAAACAAGAGAAUAAUCUUUUGCUGCUUAAUUUGCACAUCCCCACCCCUUGACAACUUUAAAUACUAGUUACGCACUUAGAUGGCCCUGUUCCUUAGUGAACUGCUCUUAGCUAAGAUGCAAAUUCUCAGUGCUUUCAAGUGGAUUCUGCUGAAGAAAAUCUCUUGUAAAUAGCCUUGUUGGUGCUGCUGUGUACAGUCUUCAUUAUGCAUUGGGGAGUAUUUCUGGCUAGAGUUUUAAAAGGAACAGAAAGAAAACCAGCUUAUUUUCCUUCUUAUGGACUCAUCUUUAGCGUUUAUUUCAACCUUUUGCUAAUUAUCUGAGAAAUUUGCAGCACUCAGCUAUACACCAACAGUGUUGGAAAGUUAACACCCUGGCUAGGGCAGAAUGUUAAAGACCAUCUUGGCAGAGUUCCAGCCAUGCUCUUUAUUCUGUUCUCAAAGCACAGUGUCACUAGUUUUUCC